UUCACUGCACAUUAUGACAGUCGAUGGCAAACAAAAACACAGAGCGGCUUGUGCAUUUUAGUGCUAUUUUAUCAGGUUAUGCCAGUUUUUGUACUCUAAAGUUGUUAAAGUGAAUAGUUUUCCAUAUUAUUUGAUACACAGCAACCAUAGGGUUUUCUCCCAUUGGUCUCUUAAUCGAUAAAUGACAGGUUGCUAAAUAACUAGCCCAGACGAGCUAGCAGUCUUGUGUGAACAUGCGUCCCCUCAUAACGUCCUAACUUGCUUUUGUUUGCUGGCCAAACCCUAGAGUCGAGUGCUGACAGUGCUGACAGUUGCACCCUGAAAACAGGUGUGGGGUUCAUUGUAUUUGAGCAGAUCUCCGCCAGCAGGGAGCCAUGCCGACCGUGAUCCUGGUGGACGCGUCUCUGUCCAUGACGCGGCCGGUGUCCCUGGACGGCAGCGAGGAGUUCCAGAGGAAGAACCUGGCGGUGCACGGACUCAACAUGCUGUUUGAACACAUGGCCUCGAACUACCGCCUGGAGUUCACUGCACUGAUGGCCUUUUCCUCCCUCUGGGAGCUGCUGGUGCCUUUCACCAGGGAUUACAACGCUUUACAGGAGGCACUUGGCAGCCUGGAAGAUUAUGACAAGACCUGUAUUGAAUCAGCUCUUCACGGGGUCAGUAACGUUGUUCAGCAGGAGUGGGGCAGUUCCUGUCCCUGUCAGAUGGUGCUGGUUACUGAUGGAUCUCUUGGUAUUGGAAAAGGCUCUCUGCGCCACGCCCUCCAAAACCUAAAGCACCGUGGGGAUGACAAGAAGUUCCCACUCCCUUUCCCCUUCCCCACCAAACUCUUCAUCAUGUGUGUAGCCAAUGCUGAAGAGUUACAAAUGACCGAUGCGAUGGAUAACUUGGAGGAGCUUCUUCGUCUCAGUGGAGGAGAUGGACAGAUCUUCACUUUGGAUGGACCGCUUUGCAUGAAGAGUGUACAAGCAAUGUUUGGGAGGCUGAUCGAUCACGCGUACUCUCCCUUCCACGCGGUGUUGCAUUGUGGGAAUCUGUCGUCAGACGUUCAGGUGUUUCCUCGUCCUGAGCCUGUCUUAGUGGAUGAAGAGGUGGAACCCAUCCCCCGAACAGUCAGUCCAGAUCUAGAAAUUGUGGGCUUUGUUGAAAUUGCUGACAUUUCCAGUCCUCCUGUAAUAUCCAGACACUUGGUACUUCCUGUUGCUGUAAACAAAGAUGUGGAUGAGGUUGGCACGGGGGCCACAGAUGAGCUUGAAGAGGAACCUUCUGCAAGCCAAAUGGCAGGAAAAAGUCCAAAUUUUUGUGUUCUUUUACAUGGAAGUUUGAAGGUUGAAGGAAUGAUAGCGCUGGUCCAGCUGGGGCCUGAGUGGUUUGGGAUGUUGUAUUCUCAAGCGGACAGCAAGAAAAAGUCAAACCUGAUGAUGUCUCUGUUUGAGCCUGGUCCAGAGCCUCUGCCUUGGCUGGGCAAGAUCUCAUUUUUGGGACCGAUCUCAGAGGCUGCUGAAAAUCCCUAUGGAGAGGACGACAGCAAAAGUCCCUUUCCUGUGCAGCCAUCGGUCAAACGAAGUUAUGCCCAGAACGUCACUGUGUGGAUAAAGGCCAGUGGAUUACAGACUGAUGUCCAAAAGAUCCUCAGGAAUGCGAGAAAGUUACCAGAUAAAACACAGACCUUUUAUAAGGAGCUGAACCGCCUGCGGAAAGCUGCCUUGGCUUUCGGUUUUUGGGAGCUGUUGAAGGGGGUAGCUGAUCUGCUGGAGAGAGAGUGCACAAUGCUGCCGGACUCGGCCCACCCAGACGCUGCUUUCCAGCUCUCCCAUGCUGCACAGCAGCUCAAACUGGCCAGCACUGGGGACUCCCAGUACGCGGAUUUUAAUCACACCAUUGUUCCCAUGCACACAGACUUCUCAAGCUGAGUCAAUCUGAAUUUCCACAAACGGACUGAAAUCUCACAGAGUCAGGUGGGAUAGACGGAGGUGGGAGGGCAUUUGGUGGAUCCAGAACGUUUUUGAAGAACAUUUGAGGAAACAAGUCAGAUAACUGAAAACACAAGUGUGUACAUAUUUUCUAGGUUUAUUCAGGAUUCGUUGUGUUUUUUCAUAAAUUCAUUCAGUGUCAUAACUCACCUUUUACAGGAGAUGGCUGCUAAGGUUAACAUUAAAAUUACAGGUCAACCUUUGGAAAUUAAAGAAAAAGAAACUGCAGAUGAUGAUUAACAGCAGAUUUAUUGUAGCCCAUACAGUAAAGGACACAAACUGCUUUGUGUGUUUUGUCACUGAUAUGCUUUUCCCUGAGCUUUGAGGGAUGAUUCAAUAAUAACUGUUGACAACACCGGUUUUCCCUCAUUCACACAUAAAUGCCUAUCAGAUAACAAGUGUUGGGUCUUAUGAUCAGUACUUGUUUGCAUUUGGUCAAAAAAUACCACAGCAGAUCAGAGGUGCGAAAAGAGAGGUUUCACACAGGAUGUCGAGUUCUAUUACUUCUGACGGUCUUCAAUUAUCUACAACAUGCGGUUUAUAUGAAAGAGAAACCAAUAGAUAUUAAAAUAGGGACUGUUUGUGUACUGAUGAGGUGUUGCAUCAUCUGUAGAGUCUUGAUGAUGGGUGUAAAGAGGGUCAAAUGUCAGCAAACUUAAAGUGGAAUAUAUUUGACCAGAGUAGGAUUUUGGAAUAUGAUAAUCUUGAAAAGGUGUCCAGAGAUAAGCAGGCAUCAGAGGUGUUUGAGGAAUGUGGUAUGUGAAUGUUAAUAAGCUUUCCUCUUUUUGGUGCGAAAACGCCUCUUCCUCUGCCUGUAAAGAUGACGGCAGUUGAUAACAAGGCC